UUAAGCCGCUGCCGGGAGGCGCGUCUUUCACCUGCCGCGGGGACUCGAGGCUCCCUACGGUAGAACUGAGCUCCCGCAGCCUCGCGCCCCACAGCCGCGCCUCCCGAACGGACUCAGCUUCUCCGAAGAGGCAAGAACCGAGGGACUACUUUGUGGUGGAACCGCGCAUGCGCUGGGCGGAAGAGUGAGGGCGCGGCGGAAGACGCGUGCGCUGCUGGUCCGCCGUGAGCGCGGGCGGUACUGCGGCCGGUGCUGCGUCCCGGGGUGAGAUCGGUGCGCGCAGAGGCAGCGCGAGCGGAGCCGCGGGCGCCAUUUUGAAGCGGCGGUCGGGGGAGGUGACGAGCGCUCCGAGAGCCCGGCCCGGCCCCGCCACCGCCGCCCCGCACCGCCCCGCGCCGCCGCAAACAUUGCCGACCUCGCCAUGUCCGGCGGCGGCGUCAUCCGCGGCCCGGCCGGCAACAACGACUGCCGCAUCUACGUGGGGAACCUGCCCCCCGACAUCCGCACCAAGGACAUCGAGGACGUGUUCUACAAGUACGGCGCCAUCCGCGACAUCGACUUGAAGAACCGCCGCGGGGGCCCGCCCUUCGCCUUCGUCGAGUUCGAGGACCCCAGGGACGCGGAGGACGCCGUCUACGGGCGGGACGGCUACGACUACGAUGGGUAUCGCCUCCGCGUGGAGUUUCCUCGGAGCGGCCGCGGCACCGGCAGAGGCGGCGGCGGCGGCGGAGGGGGAGGAGCCCCCCGGGGCAGGUACGGCCCCCCGUCCCGGCGCUCGGAGUACAGAGUGAUCGUCUCGGGGCUGCCUCCAAGUGGAAGUUGGCAGGAUUUAAAGGAUCACAUGCGUGAAGCAGGUGAUGUAUGUUAUGCUGAUGUUUUCCGAGAUGGCACUGGUGUCGUGGAGUUUGUGCGGAAGGAAGACAUGACCUACGCUGUGCGAAAGCUGGAUAACACUAAAUUUAGAUCUCACGAGGGAGAAACUGCCUACAUCCGUGUUAAAGUUGAUGGCCCAAGAAGCCCAAGCUAUGGAAGAUCUCGGUCCCGCAGCCGUAGUCGUAGCAGGAGCCGUAGUCGAAGCAACAGCAGAAGCCGCAGUUAUUCCCCAAGAAGAAGCAGAGGAUCUCCACGCUACUCUCCCCGCCACAGCAGAUCCCGAUCUCACAUAUCUGAAGAGAUGGAUUAAGAAUGCUUUGGAUUAAAGGAUUGUGGAGCACAUGUCAAUCAUUUUAGGAUUGUCAAAAGGAGGAUUGAGGAGGAUCAGAUCAAUAAUGGAGGCAAUGGUUUGGAUUGGAGAGGGCUCACUGGAUCCCAAUCCUUGGAGCUGGAUCAUUGGAUUCAAAUCAUAAUGUGGAUAGGAUAGGGAGGCUGAAUUACAAGGAUUCAUGGAGCGGGAUCAAAUUACCAGGAACAUAGGAGUGGAUUCCUGCCCCAACCAAACCGCAUUCGUGUGGAUUUUUUUUAUUCAACUCAAUUGGCUAUUCCAAAGAUAUUUUUUUUCCUAUUUUUGACGAUUGGAGCCCUUAAGAUGCACGAUGGAGUUUUGCAUUUUUUUGGUAAAAGGAGCAAAGCGAGGACCUGGAGAGGUACGCUGGAGCAAUCUCCUUGGAAGGAUUCAGCACGAGUAGAUGGUAAACCUUAAAGGGGAAAAAGGGGGGUUUGUUUAAAAAAAAAAAAGUAAAUAAGUCAUUUCUCUAAAUUUAAAGACCAAAAAUUGGAGUUAAAGAUGCCGUAGGUUUCAAUUGGCCAUUGCUUUUUUUUCUUUGACAAAUAAAAUUUUUACAAAAACA